CCCGGACGAUGCUCAAGUCGCGGCUCCGCAUGUUCCUGAACGAGCUGAAGCUGCUGGUGCUGGCGGGCGGGGGGCGGCCCCGCGCCGAGCCGCAGCCCCGGGGGGGCGGGGGCGGCUGCGGCUGGGCGCCCUUCGCCGGCUGCGCGGCCCGGGACGGCGGCGCCGGCGACGAGGAGGAGUACUACGGGCCCGGGCCGCGCGCGCGGGGCCUGGCGGGCGACAAGGAGCCGCGGGCCGGGCCCCCGCCGCCGCCCGCGCCGCCGCCGCCCCCGGGCGCGCUGGACGCCCUGUCGCUCAGCAGCAGCCUGGACAGCGGCCUGCGGACCCCCCAGUGCCGGAUCUGCUUCCAGGGCCCCGAGCAGGGGGAGCUCCUGAGCCCCUGCCGCUGUGACGGCUCCGUGCGCUGCACGCACCAGCCCUGCCUCAUCCGCUGGAUUAGCGAGAGGGGCUCCUGGAGCUGUGAGCUCUGCUACUUCAAGUAUCAGGUCCUGGCCAUCAGCACCAAGAACCCACUGCAGUGGCAAGCCAUCUCCCUGACAGUCAUUGAGAAGGUCCAGAUUGCCGCCAUAGUCCUGGGCUCUCUCUUCCUCGUCGCCAGCAUCUCCUGGCUCAUCUGGUCCUCACUCAGCCCUUCAGCCAAGUGGCAACGACAGGAUCUGCUGUUUCAGAUCUGCUACGGCAUGUAUGGCUUCAUGGAUGUCGUCUGCAUAGGACUCAUUGUCCAUGAAGGCUCCUCUGUCUACCGCAUCUUCAAACGAUGGCAGGCAGUGAACCAGCAGUGGAAGGUCCUGAACUAUGACAAGACCAAGGACGUAGGAGGAGAUGCAGGGGGAGGGACGGCAGGGAAGCCAGGCCCCAGGACCUCACGGACGAGCCCUCCCUCUGGGGCCACCAGCCGCCCCCCGGCUGCCCAGCGCAUGCGGACGCUCUUGCCUCAGCGCUGUGGUUACACAAUCCUGCACCUCCUGGGACAGCUUCGGCCACCGGACGCGCGUUCCAGCUCCCAUUCCGGCCGAGAGGUUGUCAUGAGGGUCACCACAGUCUGAACUGAACUCCGGGAGCUGGGAUCUUGAGUCAGUGCAUUGGCCAGAGAGGAGCUAUCAUGACUGCUGGAGGUACCGCCCGGACCAGAUGUUUGGGGCACACUGCUCCCACCGCUGAAGAGCUCUGUGGGCAGCCUCAAGCUGGAGACAUUGUCUGGCUUCUGCCCACUGGGUAGAUACACGUGGAUGACAUUCCAGCCCCCACUGACAAUUCCCCGCACUCAUCCUGGGGCAGCCAGUGGGCACGUGGGGAGAACAGCUUUUCUUCCCCAGAGAACCGUCCUUACCUCAGCUCCUAGGGCCUCCAGCCCCUCAGCUCUACCAUGGUGACUUGGUGAGGGGGAACCAAUGCCAGAAGAAAGGGGCUGUAGACCCCCCCAUUCCCCACCCCAUGGCCACAGGGCAGCUGGCAAUAAGACUAGUAUACAUUGACCUCCCGUUCCCUGCAUGAGGGCGGGGGGCUUCCCCUGCUCUGCCCCCCAAUGCAUGGGGGGAGGGCAUAAAGAAUCAUUUAUAUGCACAUGGAGACUCCUUUCUCAUCUGGGGCUUCUCUGGAGGGUUGGGAGGUGUGGGGAGGCUUCUCUACAGAGGUUACAAAUCCCAAAUGCAGCAGUGGGCUCUGAGUUGGAGGUGUAACUCCCACUUGCUGGUGAAUAAUUCAUGUUGGCUGCUGGAUGGCAAUGCUCAGAGGUACCUAAAGGGUGGACCUACCACGUCCAAGUUUGUGAUUUA